CAUGGAAACGAGGAUUGAUGAUGUCGAAUUGGACGUUAUUAUCGUCGGUGGAGGAAUGGCGGGUAUAGCUGCCGCACAGCAACUACUUCACAAUGGUAUUAACAACAUACUGUUGUUAGAAGCACAAGAUUACCUCGGGGGAAGGAUAAAGACUAUCAAUACUGAAUAUGGACACAUUGAUCUUGGAGCAGAGUGGAUCCAUGGUCAAAAAGGAAAUACUUUGUACGACAUUGCUGUAGAAAAUCGACUCGUCCAUAACAGAAAUCAAAGCUUCUACAUAAGUCCUUCAUCUGCAAGUAUAUACGAUGUACAUGAAUUCCGGACAGAGAACGGAAGCUUGGUUAAUAGAAAUAUUGUUUGUCAAGUGUCAAAGGCCAUGGAGGAUUUGUAUUGUAAAUCUAUCGACAGUGCUCCGAAAGAGUAUCAACAGGACAAUGAUAUCAUAUCGGAAAUUGAAACGUCUAAGUUUGACAAGGCAAUAUCUAGAAAUUAUAUGACAAAAUCCUUCGCUACUCAUUAUUCUGAAGGCUUCGAUGAGUAUUUGGAAAGUUGUGAUAAUACAGACUAUGAUAUACAGAAAGCUUUGUAUAAGUGGCGCUUGAAAUGGGAGCUUGGGGAUAAUUGUUGUGCGUCUUUGGACGACGUUGCCUUUCCUGGACGCUAUAUAAUGUGUGAGGGUCACGGAAUCACCGAUCUCAAAUUUGGCUUUGGGUCCGUUUUUGAUGUGCUGAAGAAAGAUCUUCCAAAACAAAAAGUCCAACUACGCAAGCCUGUAAAACUGAUAAAAUGGAAAAGAAAUAUUUGUUCUGUUGAAUGUUUUGACGGUUCGGUGUAUACAUCAAAGCACGUGAUCGUGACGGUUCCAAUUGGUUAUUUAAAAGAUCACAUGAAUUCGAUGUUCUGUCCAUCAUUACCCGACAAAAAGGUUCAAGCAAUACAAAACGUUGGGUUUUCCACUCUGGUAAAAGUGUUUUUGGCAUGGAAUAAACCAUUUUGGUGCGAGCCCUAUAGUGGCGUGCAAUUUGUUUGGACUUCAGACUCAAUACAAGACCAACUUCAAACAGAUAUUGGAAAACAUGGAACAACAAAAAUGUUAAAGGUAGAUGGAAACCCAUGGUAUCAUGACAUCACCGGAUUUGAACGUUGUACCGGACGACCAAACGUACUUUGCGGUUGGUUGGUAGGAGAGGGUGCCGAAUUGUCAACUACAUUGAGCGACAUAGACGUUUCGAAAGUGUGCACGAGACUACUACAUUCUUUCUGUGGUGACGAAAAUAUACCGGAACCAGAUAAUAUAUACAGAUCACAAUGGCAAAGUAACCAGUAUAUAGGCGGAGGUUAUAGUUACGUUUCUACACGAACACAAGAUGGAGAUUUUGAAGCACUUUGUCAAUCCUUACCUUCAAAUCAGAAUCCAAGAUUACUGUUUGCAGGAGAGGCGACAAGUUUUAAUUUUUAUUCGACAGCACAUGGUGCCUAUGAAACAGGAAUCAGAGCUGCAAAAACUAUCAUUACUUUGAAACAAGAGUCGAAAGAACCAACUAUAAACCUGUAAAAUUAUAUUAACUUCAAAAUAACCGUUGUAAUGAUUAUCAUUGACACCAGGAAGCCAGCCAUAUUUGGAUUCAUUUGACUUUUAAUUAUCAUGUAUUCCGUUUUUGUGCCGGAAAAUUAUAACAAUAACAUUAAAAGGAGCUGUAAUGCAUUCGCACAGCUUUAAAAUUACAACAAUAUUAGAGAAUAUCUCAAAUGUUAGAUCCACAAAAAUAUUACAUUUGUGGGGCUUAUAGUAAAGUAAGGAAGUCAGUAAUUUGUUUAUUAUCGUGACUUGUGAACAUAUAUUUAUCAAUAUAACCCAAUUACAAAGUUUGUAUAGUUAAUGUUGCACCCGGUCCAUUGGACCUAUAAGUCACUUAUUUGACAAAUAAUUAAGUUUAUACAAUAUCACGGAUAAAUAAUUCAAAAUUAAAUAAAAAU